GGGGGUGCUGGCACCUUGGCCCCUUCCCCGCGGAGCUGGAGCGGCUGGGACGGGUCCGGGAGGGGGUGUUCGGAGCUGAGCCUGCCCCACGGCGCUGGCUCGCGUCCGAGCAGCCGUGACCCGCGUGCUGGGGCGGUCGGCUGGGCUGCAGCGCUGGGGCCUGCUUUUCACGGGUGCCUCAACGGCAGUCCGGCAGCGAUGGAGUAAGGACGAGGAGAUAAGAGCGCUGUGUUUUCUUUGUAGGCAGCAAAGUGAUGGCUCAGCUCAGCAGAGGAAACUUUUAAGACUUUACUGCUCCUUAUCUUAGCAGUAAAAAGCUCCCGUCUUGUUUUGUCAGCUCUGUUCAGCGGUGUUCGGAUGCUGAAAUACUGGGCGGUGCGUUGUUGUUUGGACGCACGCCUUGGCUUUUGCACCCGUAGGCUGCAGAAGGAGAAGGCUGUCGCUGCAAUCUGCCUGGUCCCAAGCCAAGCGCUAGCUGAGGGCCUCCCCUUUUUUUGGCUUGAAAAUGAAGAGCACUCGUAGCAGUUCCUCGUUCCAAGGUGUCAGUUCUGACAGCGUGGACUUGAGCCUGACAGGCCUUCCUGUGCAGGUCACGCGGCGCCCAAGCAGCGCGUCUCCUGCCAAGCACAUGGCACGCUCCAUCUCGGUCAUCACCGACGGCAAACCAAAGAGGAAUGCUCUGGAAGAUGCGGGAUCCCGGGCGAUUAACAACCUCCGGAGAUCCAAUAGCACCACCCAGGUUAACCAGCGGGUGAACAGCACGCUCAGCCCAGAGCAGGCAGGAGACUUCCUGACCUUCUUUGACAGCCCUUCUGGUAGAAGAAAGAAACUAGCGAGUCUGAGCAAAACUUCCCCAGAGAAAAAAACAACAUGGAACAUCUUGGAUGAUCAGCCACGAGUGUUCCCUGGCUCAUCUGGCACCCACAGCUCUGGCACCCUUGAGCCACCUGCAGGCAUGAGGAAAAAAGAAGCCACUGUACUCCUGGCAGCCAAUUUCACUGCCAACAACAGGAGCAACAAGGGCGCAAUGGGCAACUGCGUCACCACCAUGGUGCACAACAACUACUCCACCUCUGAUAAGGGCCCUGCACCCAAAAGCUCCAACCAGGCACCAAGCUCCCUCAAUAAUGUUAUCAAGGCGACCUCAAAUGAGGAGAAUGAAAGCAGCAGUUUCAUGAAGUCUCAGAAAAAUUUCUCCAGCAACAACAUCAUGACGUGCAACAACAACAGCAGCCUGCUCCGGAGGAAGGAGGUGACGGAAGAGGAGGCAGAGAGGUUCAUUCAGCAGGUGAACCUUGCAGCUGUAACUAUCCAGCGCUGGUACCGACACCACUCGCAAAGGCACAGGAUGGGCACGGCCGCUCUGGAGCGCCUGUUGGCUUCCAAACGAGAGGAGAGGCAGCAGCAGAUGGAGGAGGGAAAUAUCCUGGAUUUGCAUGAGAAAAAGGAUGAGGAACGCCGGAAGAUCCGAGAGGAGAAAGCUCGCCUAGCCCGACAUGCUGCUAUCCAGGAGCUUCAACAGAAAAGGGCUCAAAAGGCUUCUGAUAUUAAGCACUUGGCAGAAGAAGAGCUUGCGUUGAUGAAGGAGAGCAGAAGGACCGCAAAGAAAAAGCCUGCCAAACCUGCUUCUGGAAAGAAUGUCAGUCCAACCAACAGUGUCGUCAAAGCCAAUAAUGCUGAUGCCAAUUUCCACUCACUCACUGCAGAACCAGAAGAAAGUGCCCUUGCAGACCUUGGCUCCAUGCCUUCACAGGAUCAUGGGACAGAGAGCAAGUUACAGGAUAUGAGCUCUAGAGAGACAGGUGGAGAGGAUCUGGAGAUGGCAGUUACUGCUGCCAGCAGGGCUCAGUCAAAAGUCACUCUCAGUGAGCUACUGGACACCCUCAGGCUGUUGGAGGAAGAGCCAGAGCUGCUGCCCCAGCCGAAAAUCUUCAAGAAGGACAAAUAUGCCUGGAUAGAUGGGGAGCCGGACUCCAAUUCCCUGACUGCUGAUAACUUGGAGAAGUUUGGGAAGUUGAACCAUUCCCCUGGGGUCCCUGAGGAUGGGGCCUUGCUCUCAGAGGCCAAACUCCAAAGCAUCAUUAGCUUCCUGGAUGAGAUGGAGAAGUCUGAGCAGGAGAGACCCAGAUCUGCUGCUUCAGCCACGCAGCGGGAGGGACUCCUCUCUGAAGAGGAGCUGGCUCACUUGGAGCAGGCAUCAGCUGUUGCCACAGAAGUCACCAGCUCCAUCAUGAGGCUGAAGCUGGAAGUAGAAGAGAAGAAGCGAGCUGUCAGCCUGCUGCAGACAGCACUGGCUCAGCAGAGGGAACUGACUAUUCGGCAUGUCAAACAGACGGAGAAGGAGCUUGGCCACCAGCUCAGGCUGCAGAGAGAACACUAUGAGGCCGCUAUCCAGCGGCACCUGACCUUCAUCGACAAGCUUAUUGAUGAUAAGAAGAUGCUGAGUGAGAAGUGUGAGGCCGUGGUAACUGAGCUGAAACAAGUAGACCAGAAAUACAGCAAGAAGAUUGCCCAGAUGCAGGAGCAGCAUGAGCUGGAGAUCAAGAAACUCAAGGAACUGAUGAGUGCAACAGAGAAAAUAAGGCGAGAGAAGUGGAUGGAUGAGAAAACCAAAAAGAUCAAAGAAAUCACUGUGAAAGGGCUGGAGCCAGAGAUCCAGAAACUCAUCGCCAAACACAAGCAGGACAUCAAGAAGCUGAAGAUGCUGCAUGAGGCAGAACUGCUGCAAUCCGAUGAGCGGGCAGCCCAGCGCUAUUUCCGUCAGGCAGAGGAGCUGCGUGACCUGCUGGAGCGUGAGAAGGAGGAACAGAGCCAACGGGAGAGGGAACUGGCCCGGCAGCAAUGUGAGAAGCACUUGGAGCAGGAGGAACAGGCAUUGCAGCAGCAGCGAUGCCGGCUCUACGCAGAAGUGGCUGAGGAGAAGGAGCGGCUCAGCCAGCAAGCGGCCAGGCAGAGAGCAGAGCUGGAGGAGCUGAGGCAGCAGCUGGAGGCGAACAGCUCUGCUGUCACCAAGGCAUUGAAGGAGGAGUAUGCAAAGGAGAAGGAAGAGCACGAGAGGCGGCAUCAGACAGAAGUGAAGGUGCUCAAGGACCGGCUAGAGAUUGAGAAGCAGGCCUGGGAGGCAAACUACAUGAAGAAGGAGGAAGCCUGGCUGCUCUCCCGGGAACGGGAGCUGAGGGAAGAGGUGAGGAAGGAGAGAGACAAAGAGAUCGAGUUGGUAAUCCAGCGCCUGGAGGCCGACAUGUCCUCCGCCAAGGAGGAGUGCGAGAGGGCGGCAGAGAACAGGAUUAAGAGGAUCCGAGACAAAUACGAGGCGGAAGUCCAGGAGCUGGAGAGAUCUGAGCGGAAGCUGCAGGAGCGUUGCAAUGAACUGAAGAGGCGACUGGCUGAGUUGGAAGGGGAGAGUCUUCAUCUGCAAGGCCUUGUGAAGUACAAGGAGCAGGAGGUGGAGGAGAUAAGGAAGGUGAGGGACCAGCUGGCCCAGGAGCGGAGCAGCCUGGCAGAAGUGAUCCGCCAGGAAUUUGCUGACAGGCUGGUGGGGACAGAGGAAGAGAACAAGCAGCUAAAGGCAGAGAUGGCAGAGAUGAGAGCCCGGCAGCGCCUGGAGCUGGACAGGAUAGUGCGGGAGAAGGAUGAAGAGCUGGAGGAGGUUCACAGGAGGGUGAAGACAGCCGUUGUGAAAAAGGAAGAGAGUGUGAACAGCCUUCGGAAGCAAUACGAAGCGGCGGUGAAGAGAGCUGACCACCUGGAAGCCCUUCUAGAGCAACAGCGAAAACAGCUGCUGGCUGCCAAAUAACUGUCUUGCCAUGCAGGGGCUGCUGCCCUGCGGCACGUGGCCAGAGAGGGCGAGAGUGCCCUGGGGAUGCCUGCUGGACCCGUGCUCUGCGUGGGCUGACGCUGAUGUGUACACGUAGGGGAUGUGCGUGCGUACGGCCGGGCUGCGGUGAGGUUCUCCUUUCCGUCACGUGUGCCGUUGUCUUUUUCUUUUUUUUAAACAACCUCUGUUACUUGUGUCUCAGCCCGUGACUCCUGCUGGGGGCACUCGAUAACAUUCAAGUUUUCUGUGGUUGUAUUUUAACAAUAAAUUUCGCGCUGGUUUCUACAA